CUUUGCCUACGUGUUCCCCAAGACAUCCUUCUCUUCUUCUCCUUCCCCUCGCCAACCUCACCUCCAAUGGCAAACCCUAAAUUCCAAAUACGUGCCCCCAAAUCCUAGUUCGCCAUAAUCACUUCGGACUCUCUGAAGUUGCUCUGCUCAGUGAUUUGGAUUGCUUUCUCUCGCGGGCCGCUUGAUCCUUUGGUCGCAUUUCCGGAUGAAAUCGCCCGGUUCCCAUUCGGGAUCUCAUUCGUAGGUUUUGAAUGAACUGAUUGGAGGCGUCCGCUUGUUCUGAUUUGAUUCGCCGAGGUCCUCCCUGGUCAGGUAAUACGCAAUGCCGCCAUUUUUGUCGACGUCGCGAGCGGUGAGGUCGUCUCUGUCGCGCAGAAACGACAUCAAGCGUUUGAUUAAGUCUCGUUGGAGCGAUUCUCGGGAGCCCUCGUUCGACCGCAUCAGAUAUCUCGGUGGCAUCGCAGGUCUCGAUUCCUCAUUUGGUCGUAAAGCGUCUGGCGCACCCAAGGACGUCCUGAUUAGUUCCGGGCGGUCGUGUGGCAACAGCGUUACGCAGCGGAGGCAGUUUCUGGGGUGUGGAGAUGGUGAGGAAGGAGGUGUUUUGUCUAAGGUUUAUGAGGAGAGGCGUGUUUUGGGGUACUCUCCAGAACAACUGUUUGACGUGGUUGCAGCUGUUGAUUUGUAUCAUGGGUUUGUACCAUGGUGUCAGCGGUCGGAGAUAUUGCGAUACAAUCUGGAUGGGUCUUUCGAUGCAGAGCUGGAGAUUGGUUUCAAAUUUCUUGUUGAGAGUUAUAUUUCUCAUGUAGAGUUGACCAGACCAAAGUCAAUCAAGACGACAGCAUCAGAGAGUACCCUUUUUGACCAUUUGAUAAAUAUUUGGGAGUUCAGUCCAGGACCUGUUCCAGGAUCUUGUAGCCUUCACUUUUUGGUUGAUUUUAAGUUUCAGUCCCCACUUUACCGGCAGGUGGCGUCGGUCUUCUUCAAAGAAGUUGUUGCCCGACUGGUCGGCUCGUUCAGUGAACGUUGCCGCUUGAUUUACGGGCCCGGGGUCCGAGUUCAUGAAGACUCUUACGGACAGAGGGCUUGAAGUUUGAGUGAGCCUCGUGUUGAUGUUAGUCCCUUUGCCAUGAAUUCUCACGAGUGGCCAUUGGGUCAAUGGGCAGUGAAUAUUGAUCCCCCUUUUUUGGUUGCUGCCCGCAGCACAUUGCCAUUUCUUUGAUUGCAGUGGGCCUUUCUAGCAAAGGGAAAAAGCCUCAAGAGCAUCUAUCAUUAUGUUGCGGAUAGAUAACAUCAGCUGUAUCAUUUAUUGCGAUUCUUUGAAUUAUUGUCCCCCAUAGUUGGGGACUUAUGGAAUCAAAAUGUAAUUUCGAUUUCAGAUUAGUGAUACUGGUGUUUUGC